CUGAAUGAAUAUCUCUGGGUUUUUUCUGCGGUGAGGGAUGAGGAGUGCGACCAUGAUAAAAACAAGGUGCACAGUCAAGCGUGGAUGCUCGGACCGGCGAGCCUAGUCUAUGAUUGGCUGGUGUUAGUUGCAGCUCUCCCGCAGAUCUUUGUCUUCCUAGUGCACGUCCACAGCAUACAGUGAGGGUCUGAAUGGAGUUUACACGAGCGGAGACACGUUCUGUGAAGAUUAGCGAAUAUUUUGUGUCAUUGAGCGCUUUAAUUCUCACAGCGAAAUCGUUCGUCAUAUAACGCAUAGACAAAGCGGUGCAUUUUGUAAGAUGUAACGAGAUUUAGAGAAGUACAUAAAUCGUCACAAAUAUAACGGCAAAACGUUUGCAGAUCGUUAGCAUAAUAUGUGCACAACCAACUGAUGCACCUAUUAGUGCAACACGUUUGGUAAGAUAAUUGCUGGUAAGUGGCUGGCAAGCUGGCAAGUGUUUGUAAGUUCAGCUUCGCACUAUCUUCGCGGCAACCUGGAAGCGUGGAGGAGAGAAUCUGCUGAUUGACAGCGUGUCGACCUAAGCGCUCUUCGAGGCCCAUUUGUCUAUUCGUGACUCCCCCAGGAGUUAAACCAUGUGGGCUAACCUGCGGCAAUACGACCGAAAUUAAUACCUAGCCUAAUAGUUUCGCCAGGCGGGCGUGUGUUUCCAUCUGGACAUCCACAGAAAGCCAGACGUGCAUCAUUAAGCAUUUGCAGACAUGAUGCUUGGGCAGUCACCUCACCUGAUAGGGGGUAUUCUUUGGAUUCAGAACCCCAUGCGAGCUGUCCACUGCAACCUGAGCCAGAACGGCAUCGACCACCAGGUGUGCUCGGAAGACAUCACCUCUCAGCUGGAGGAGGAGCCCAUUGAGCAGGAGAGCCUGGGAUUGGACGAGGACAGUCCCAUCUUCCCCGAGCGGAGCCCAGGGUUCCUGCGGCGGUCCCCACCCCAGCGGUCCGUCUCAGAAUCGGAACUCUCGAAGCCAGGAAAUGUGAAGCUCUCCAAGCCGGUGGCCUUGUGGACCCAGCAGGACGUGUGCAAGUGGCUGAAGAAGCACUGCCCCAACCAGCACCAGAUCUACAGCGACUCCUUCAAGCAGCACGACAUCACCGGCCGUGCUCUGAUGAGGCUGACGGACAGGAAGCUGGAACGGAUGGGCAUCAUGCAGGAGUCGCAGCGGCAACACAUCCUCCAGCAGGUCCUGCAGCUGCGCGUGCGCGAGGAGGUCCGCACCCUUCAGCUGCUCACGCAAGCUUCUCUGGAGAGUUCUCUGGAGUGUUCCCCGUAACCUGCAUCAAGUCCUCCAGGAGAACCCCGCAUCAAGUCCUCCAGGAGAACCCGCUGGCCAUCACCUGAUCCUGGAACAAUCUUCCUCCUCACCUACCCCCAGACCAAGACCAUGUCCCCUUCCGGAACACCUGCCCUCCUCCUCCUCCCCUCAUCACAUCUAUCCAACCUCCUCCAGUCCUCCUCUUCUUCCUCCUCUCCUCAGUAUCAACCUCACUAAUCAACCUCACAAUGUAUCCCGUCCCCUGAGUUACUGAACCUUAAAGACAGACUCAAAUACUCUCCCCCCACUCUUCUCCCCUCUUUAUCCCAGGGUUAACCUGGUACAUACCCUGCCUCUCACUACUCCCGCCUGAUGUCCAAGGUGUAUUGACUUGAACAUGAAGAAACUACAUUUCCCACAAAUCCCCUUUUCCACAGUGGGACACUGGGACUUGGAUGACUGAUCUCUGAGUCCAGAUCCUGAUGGACGACCCUGUGGAAGGACACUGCAUAGCCUGUCAAGACAAGUGCAGACCUCUGCAUUUCAACCUCUCCUCCCGCGGUCUGUUGAAUAUUUUACGCUGUGCACUUUACUGCCCCAUCGCUUUCCUAUCUGUCUGACCGCAGUCCUCCGCUCUACCACGGUCCUGUCUGUCUAUCUGUCAGUGUGUGCAGCUGAGCAUGCUGCCGUACAAACACACACUCACACACACACACACACACACACACACACACGCACACAUGAGUGGAGGUGCAUACGGCCCCGUAAGGGUAGGCACAUAAACACUCAUGCUCACUUACACACACAAACAUAGAGGUAUAUGCUACAUCCUACAUCCAUACAGAUACACACAUACAACUCUCUCUCUCACUCACACACACACACACACACACACACACACACA